AUGAAGCAGAGCAAUAAUAAUCCUCAUUUGGAAAAAUGCAGAAAACUAGUUCGCACGCAUCUCGAUUUGCAAUUAUUCUCAUCUGCAUUAUUUUGGGCUGAUAAAGCAGCUACUUUAAGUCAUUUUGAUCCAAGAGACAUUUAUCAACUAGCUAGUUGCAUGUUUUUGUUAAAACAAUACCAAAGGGCGGUCAUGCUGAUAAAAAAUAAAGGGUUGGAUAAAACUGAUAUGUUAUGUUAUUACAUGGUCUUAAGAUGUUUGGUAGAAGCCAAAGACUACACAGAAGCAGCUAACAUUAUUAAUUCUGAAAUAAAUCCAACAUCAUGUAAUGUAUCACUCCAACAACAAGAUAUGAAGUCUCAUGAUGGUUUGACUCAUUUUAAUGUUCAAAGUGCAUUAUUUUGUAUUAAAGGAAAAAUAUAUGAAGCAUUAGAUAACAGAAAUUUUGCUACUGAUUGUUAUAGAGAAGCUUUGAGAAAUGAUGUACAUUGUUAUGAUGCAUUUCAAGCUCUUAUCCAGCAUCAAAUGUUGACUUCAUUUGAAGAACAAAUGUUAAUUCAGUCAUUACCAUGGAGUAAUCACCCUAAUGAUUGCAUUACAAAACCUUUAUAUGAAGUGCUAUUAAAAAAAUACCAAGAACCCAAAUUAACUGGACCAUUUUCACAAUUUGAUAUACCUGUUGAAUUAAUAAUGGAUAAUCUGGAUAUUCAAGAGGCUGAAGCUGAACGACAUUAUUAUGCUUGUGCAUACAAAGAUUGUUUUCAAAUUACUGAAAGUGUUUUAAAACAAGAUCCAUAUCAUCCUGAAUGUUUACCAAUACACAUUGCUUGUCUAGUGGAAUUGGAAAAAUCAAACGAUCUAUUUUAUUUAGCACACAAAUUGGUGGAUCUUCAACCAGAUCAAGCAAUUGCAUGGUUUGCUGUUGGGUGUUAUUAUUAUCUUAUAGGAAAACGAGAUCAAAGUAGAAGAUAUUUAGGAAAAGCUACUAACCUUGAUAACACUUUUGGCCCAGCUUGGUUAGCUUAUGGUCAUUCAUUUGCUGUUGAAAAUGAACAUGAUCAAGCAAUGGCAGCUUAUUUCAAAGCAUCACAACUUUUAAAAGGAUGUCACUUGCCUCUUCUGUAUAUUGGUUUGGAGUGUUCGUUAACAAACAACAUUAUCAUGGCUCAAAAGUAUUUAAAAGAAGCUUUGGAAAUUGCUCCAAACGAUCCAUUUGUAUUACAUGAAUUAGGAGUUAUUGCUUUUCAAAGCCAUAGGUAUAAAGAAGCUGAAAAUAGGUUCCUUGAAGCACUUGAAAGAAUUAAACAAAUUAAACAACCUAUAAUAGCCAAUAAAUGGGAAUCGCUUUUCAACAAUUUGGGACAUGUAUAUCGAAAGAUGAAGAACUAUGAUAAAGCCCUAGAGUAUCAUAAACAAGCUUUAGUUAUAUCUCCUAUGAACACAUCUACAUUAACAUGUAUUGGGUUUGUUCAGUCACUCAAUAAUAAUUUUAGAGAUGCUGUGGAUACAUUUCAUAAGGCUUUGGGCCAAAAGCGAGAAGAUACAUUUAGUAGUACCAUGUUAACAUGCGUUUUGGAAAUAUGCAUUGAAGAUCCUCCUUUAUUUAAUGACUAUUCAGAUGAGGCAACAGAAUCAUUAAAACUUGAACUAAGCAAAAAACUACCGAAAACCAAUAGAUUGUUAAAAAUGAAUGAUGAUAAUGACGUCAUACUUCCAUUCAGAAAUCCUAAUUUAAGACUCUGGAACAGAAGACUAAAAAAGAAAACUGAAGAUACAAGUAGUAACGAUCCUUUGGAAGACAUCAGUAGUAACAAUCCUACCGAAGAAAACAGUAGUAACAAAAUUACUGAAGAUACCAGUAGUAAUACUAAUAUAGGUGAUACUAGUUGUAAUACCGUAGGAGAUACUAGUAGUAGUGCAAUGGUUAUAGAUUCUAGUUCAGCUGCUGAUAAUUCUAGCAUUAAUAUGGACUUGUCAACAAAUAUGUCUGGAAAUUCUGAUAGUUCUAAGUAA